CGAUUGCCUCCCUUAUAUAACUGAAUACCUUCCUGGUUUACACUACAAAGAAAUAACAACAUAAUAGUUGUUAUUCUAAAGAACUUUGGGAGGAAAUGCCGCCGUUUCAGGAAAUAAGUCAACAGAUUCCUGAUUCGGAAAGAGAGGUAACACAAUGGGCAAGAGAACAUAUAACAUCUUUCAAACACGAUAUUGAUACUAUGAAGCUGCAAGCAAAAACCAUUUUGAAGGAAGUGGAUAAAUUGUCGAAAGAACAAGAUAAUAUAGAAAGAAAAUCUAAGAAAGGGAGAAGCAAAGAGCUUCAUGGGUGUAUUGACAAGUAUCAAGAUAGUAUUUCGAGCGUGCAGAAAGCAUGUGAGAAGAUAUCUGGGAUUGUGGAUAACAAAACACCUAACGUACCUCUGAUUGACAGACGUUCAACAUAUGACGGUAGAGGAGGCAAGAACAGGAAUACAUCUUCAUUUGGUGAUCAGCCAGAAUGCAACCUUUGUUACAGAAAAACAGCUGAAAUCAUGAAGCUUCAGGCAGAUCUGGAAAGAAUGAAAGACGACAUGAAAAGAAAAGAAGCUGAGUAUAAAGAAAGCCGAAGAAGAAUCCAAUACGAAAAUGAAAGGCUUCAUAGUCAACUGCAGAAAGAAGUUGAAGCGAAGGAGGAAGCCCUAAAAAGGUUAAGUUCAAUGGCUUCCAGCAAACUGCGUGACAACAAUCCAAACAUCACUGACCUAAGUGACCAGAACAGACCUACUAAAAUAGCAGAGCGUUUGUCAGAGUUGUACGACAAUCAGUGGACGGAUGCAUUUGAUGCGUUAGAGGGUUCUAUGCCAGAAAGACAGAUAAUACAGACUCUGCUGGACAUAUUACUGAAAGUGUAUGAAGAAUGUUGCAAACUUUCGAGUGAAAAUUUUUACGAGAGGAUCCAGAACUGCAUUGAAUCUCCACUUGAGCCGAGGAGCAAACGACCUACGACAGUGGUCUUAUCUGAACAGCUGAAACAACAAAUUAAAGAAUUUCGCAAGACCCGAGCUGCAAUUGUUAUCAAAGACAUAGAAAGGGUAAUUACACCAAAACUUCAGAUACCUUACAGUCAUUUAAAUGCGGUACAAACGUACAUAUCACACUGUGUAUGGAUCGGAUGGUAUUGUGCCGUCCAGGAUCCUCCACUAGUAUUGAGUGUAUCUUCGUCAAGUAAGUUUGAUACUAUUUUGUUCAAAGACUACACAAGCCGUGGUCGCUACGUUCAGUUCGUAGUCUGGCCUGCUUUAUACCUACAUGAAGGCGGACCUCUGUUGUCUAAAGGUGUUGCACAAGGUUGUGACAAUCAACCAGAGAACAAUACAGUGAUUACAACAGGCAUUGCAGACAAUAAGAUACAAUUGACAAGACACCAAGCGCAACCGAAGCAAGCACCCGUAUAUAGCCGAAAUUACGGUACGAAUGCGAGGCAUGUCGCGACAUUUAACGUGGGUAAUACACGACAGACACGACAAACAGGUCAAAGUUUAGAAUCGCAAUAUGCUUAUGGUCGAGGAAGAAGAAGAGAAGGCCAUCCGAUGGCACACACGGUAUACACGCCACCUGCUCAUAUCCAAGCUGGACAAGGCCAUGCCAUAUACAGUAACAGACAAGCUGGGGUUGUAAAUGAACGUCAGUCGACAAUGAUUUGAUUUAGUUCUUGUACGGAGGAACUUUGAUUAAAGAAUAUCAAAUUCAGAAUACUCCUUGUUACUGUGUAUGGCAUGAACAGUUGAACAGAGAUACCAAUGUUAAUGCUUUUAUUAUUGUACAUGUAGAAAUAAGUAGCUUUCUCUACACUUACUGAUUUUAGUCAAAUUUCAAAGUCUAUUGAGUUGAACAAUACUGUUGUUUAUGAGGUAGUGGUUGUUCUAAAGCCACGGACAUAUCUACUUGAAUCAUUUUUUUUCCACAAUUCGUGGUAGGUUGUUAUUCAAGAUAAUUAUUUGUAAUUUAACAGUAUAUCCACUAACAAUAUUUAAUUUUCAACAGCUUUAUAUAACGAUCUACAACGGUUGUGAUAUGAUUGUAUAAGAAAUUAAAUGCGCUGCUAUCCGUUUCAUGGGUAAUAUAUCUGCAUUGUUUAAUGGAUUUAUCUUUGACAAUGUCAAUUUCAAAAUACUGUUUUCAUUUAAAUACUACAACCAAAAGAUUUUUUACCUUAAUGAACAUUACUCAGAACGUGAUUCAUAGUCUAACAUGUAUUUACAGUUUUGUUUAAUGUGUCGUGAGGCGUGUAUUUAAAUUUUACAGUCAACAGAUUUCAUACCUUAAACAUUACUCAGACCGUGAUUCAUAGCCUAACGCAUACAGGUUUAUUUAAUGUGUCAUGAGGCGCGUAUAUUUCAUUCCUUUAUGAACAUUACCCAAAAUGCGAUUCAUAUCGAACAUUUACAGGUUUGUUUCCCUUUUAUUUACAUGAAUUUAUUUGAUCCAACUUAUCCUGUGUUGCACAUUUUAGAAGUUACAGACCUCUAUAAGGACCAGAUUGUCCAGUAAUGGUGAUUGUUCUAACCUCACGUUUAGUUGAGGAAAUCAGGUAAAAUGCAAAUGUAUUCCAAACGACGACAUGAAAAGUUUUAAAAAGGGUACCUAAUUGGAUGUUUUAACGUUGGAAUUCUUUUAGAUUUGUGUAGUUAUCAUAAAUAUACACUUCUAUUUAAGAAAUCGCUAACUGCAAUCAAGAAGGCGUGUUACAGGACAAAAGUUGGCAAAUAUAUACCGUCUUAUUGGUACAUAUGUAGCAUACAUACGCUUUAACUAAUCAGGUAAUUGGGCUAUGAUUUACAUACUGAAAAUAUGAAUGUUUUAGGCUGUAGUUUGUUGUAUGUAUUAUCAUGUUUUAUAGCUUUAUACUCCCUGUAUAUUCAAGAGAUAUUGAUGUACCUAUUUAACUAUAGAUAAACAUUCCGUAUAGAUCAGCUAAUGUAAGACUUUUAAAAUGUACACAAAUCAAAACUACAUAUUAAUAUUUUUUAAAAAAAUACACCAAGAUCCUCGUUUCCAGAGAUGUUAGUUAUAAUGUUUAAAAAUGUACUUUUGUUAUGUAUGUAUUCUAAAGUGCAGUAAAAAAUGCGACAAAUGCAACUUCGCCCGUUCUACAGAAAAUGGUAUGCUGAAGGGCUAAUUUAGGUAUUGCAAAAAAAAAAAAUAGUUUAGGCCUUACUAAGUUGUAUUUAUGAUCAUACUUAAUAGUUUAAUACUUCCUGACAUUGAUAUACAUAUAUAACUAUAGGAAAAACUGUCAAUAUAGACCAGAGAGCGGGCGCAGUGGUCCAGUGGUAACACUGUCUGACUACGAAACCAGGUGUCGUGAGUUCUAGCCCCCGUUCCU